GGUGACUGCUCGUGAUAGUAAUGCUCUCAGGAGAAUAAGAGCACAACAUUGCGCAGGAACUGCUCAGCAUUAAGACACAUCCUGCACUCUCUUCGUGUUCUUCAACACGAAAAACAGAAUUAUCUUCAUUAUGGAGGAAAAUAUGGUUAUUAUGGAUGAACUUUGCGAAAUGGAUUGCAACGUUUUGAAAAGGUUGUUGAAGGACGACAGUGCGAAAUGCCUGGUGCUGGACUGCAGAUCAUUCUUGGCGUUUAGUGCUGGACACAUUCGGAGCGCUGUGAAUAUCCGCUGUAACACCAUUGUGAGAAGGCGAGCGAAGGGCUCGGUGAGUUUAGACCAGAUUCUAUCGGGUGAUGAAGAGGUCAAAUCCCGGCUGAAAUCAGGACUGUACUCCGCUGUGAUCCUCUACGACGAGAGGACGCCCGACAUAGACACGGUUAAAGACGAUAGCACAAUCACUCUGGUGCUAAAUGCAGUGUACAGAGACACAUUUGGAACUGAAAUAUUUAUACUAAAAGGUAAAUGAUCACAAUGCACUUAAUAGGUUAUCAGAAUAAAAACAUGCCCAAUGACAUUGUUUACAAGCAUAAAUAACAUAAAAAGCAUAAAUAAUCCUUCAAUAGCACAGAAUUUUCAUUAUAUCUGACAAAUGUGUUAUUACAAUGUUAUUAUUAGAAUUAUUAAAAUUAUUUUUUAACCAGUUUAAAAUGGUACAUAUAGUGCCAUUUUGUAUUGCUGCACAAUUCAACCCACAAGCAGGCACUAGGCGCUAACAAUGAGGUAAUGCGAAGAGAGCCAAGUCUGGGUGCACGAGGAUGUGCUGCAGCGAGUGUCUUGUGAGCCCCAAAAAUUGGAUAAUCUUCAAGAUUUCACAUCAGCAAAUGUAUUAAUUAAAAAAUAUAUAUAUUUUAGAAUGGUUAUUGUUGCAAAUUGCUCAUUAUGAGAUCAAAAUGACGAACACGCAUUGAACAUUGAAACAUGAAGUGUUGCCAGAUAAUCCCAAGAGUAUACACUAUUUCUCAAUAAAUUAUUGUAAGUAUAUGGGGAAAUGCAAUUUUUUCUCAUAAAUUCGACUAGGUUUUUCCAUUUUCACAUUUAAUUUAGGUGAAAACCACUAGGCAUACCCAAAUUAUAAGCCUUUUUUAUUCAAUGGAAAUCCCAAUUAUAAUUGCUGUUCUAUAAUGUUUUAUGUACAUAUUCAGAGAUAUUUAAUUAGGCUUUUAUAGAGAAAAAUGACCUAUAUGUAUUAUGCUAGGUAGGCUAAUUUGUAAAUGAUAUACGCACAAGGUGAGCUAUUAGGCUAUUUUGACUUGAGAAGGGCCUUUGAUUAAAAUAUCCUGAUGUCUAACGUUCAUAUUUUUUUCACAGGGGGCUACGACAGAUUUUUCACGGAGUAUCCCGAGUUCUGUUUGAAGACCAAAACGUUAUCCUCGUUCUCUACCCAGUCCAGUUUGGACUCAUGUUCUUCCUGUGGAACUCCACAGACGUCGCACCAUGACCAGGUAAAGAAGGGGACCUGUUUAUAUCGGUGACCGAGUUUGACGGAAUGUGUGACAUUGAGUGAAAUACCAGGGGACUCGUAAAUUCCAGUCAUUACAUUUACAUUUUAGUCAUUUAGCAGACGCUCUUAUCCAGAGCGACUUACAGUUAGUGCAUACAUUAUUAUUUUUCAUACCCCCUGUGGGAAUCGAACCCACAACCCUGGCGUUGCAAACGCCAUGCUCUAUCAACUGAGCUACAUCCCUGCCGGCCAUUCCCUCCCCUACCCUGGACGACGCUGGGCCAAUUGCACGCCGCCCCAUGGGUCUCCCAGUUGCGGCCGCUACAACAGAGCCUGGAUUCAAACCAGGAUCUCUAGUGGCACAGCUAGCACUGCGAUGCAGUGCCUUAGACCACUGCGCCACUCGGGAGUCAUCUAGGUUUAGGCCUAACGUUGCUUUUUCGUCUCGAUAAGAGCACCAGCUGUGCCUCCUUUUUUAAAAUCUCUUUCACUGCUGGAGGGGGUGGUAGGGUAGGCAUGUGUGACCAACAUUGCCCCUGCCUUCCUUCACUAUCUGUUUUAAGCAGGCCUUAUCGAUAAUUUCUGCCGUUUGAAGCCGGGGCCCAUAGAAGCAAUGCCAUAACAGGGCCCAAAUCAAUAAACUGGCUGAAAAUACAGUAUAUCAACUUCUUGAGUUGUCAUUGGCCUAUAUUUUAGGACCCAAUUUCAGACCAUAUUGCUGCAACCUUAAUAUUAAAAUAAUUCAAAUAAAGUGCAUACUGUAAAUUGUAUUUAUCAGAACCUUUUUUUAUUUAUUGAUUGUCGAUUGUAAUUAGGCCCUUUCUCCAGUCUUCUUAAUUUUGUUACUUUGUAAUGUUUGAAAGAGACAUUCUGACUGUAAAUGUGCCUCUAUUCUCUCUUGGCUCUGUAUUAAUGUCAACUUUGUCUUCUCUAUGUUCCAGGCUGGUCCAGUGGAGAUUCUUCCCUUCCUGUACCUUGGCAGUGCCUUCCAUGCCUCCAAAAAGGACAUGCUGGACGGCAUGGGCAUCUCUGCCUUACUCAACGUGUCCUCUAACUGUCCCAACCACUUCGAGGGGGUCUACCAGUACAAGUGCAUUCCUGUGGAGGACAACCACAAAGAGGACAUCAGCUCCUGGUUCAUAGAAGCCAUUGAGUUUAUCGGUAAGUUUAAUUUUCUUAGAAGAAUACAUGGGAUCUGUCCCAAAUUAUACCUUGUAGUGCACUAUAAAGGGAAUAGGGUGCCAUUUGGGACUUAGACUAAUACAUCUUCAUCAUCAUCAUGAGCAGGAGGAGAAUGACAUGGUCUAUGAUGGUCCCUGUAGCUGCAGCAUAGCUCAGUACAAUGUUCAUUUGGUCAUGUGAUUGAAGGUCUUCAUUUUGCAGGGAAGAGUGUCACUUCAAUUGAUGUCUCUUCAAGAACAUUUCAAACAGAUGGCUCCUUUGAUAAUUACUCCUAGUGUAUGAGUAAUGGGUGGCAGUAUUUUUCAAACCACGGUGGCAAAAUGUAUUUAAGAUAACAUUUUAAUUCCCGGCCAGGUACUAGCCUAAGUGAAAGGAGAACAUUUUAGAAUAAAUAAUUGGUAUUAAAUAGACAAUAAAUAGUGUGCUUAUGCAGAAUCUCAGUAUGAGUUUUACCAAUGCUCAGUGUGCUUAGUUGAUAUGGAUGACGGAGGUAGAGGAGAGCUGAAUUAUAGUAAUUACCAUGGUUAGAGAUUACCAUGGUUAGAGAUUACCAUGAGGGAGAAUAGGAGGGCCUAGCGUCAUACUCCACAUGGAAGCCUGCUGCACUGGUGUGUGGAGACCUCAGUAGGUUUGGAGGUGUGUGUGUGUUUGUAAGCGUCUAUGGGCUUGAAUGCAUCAGAGUUAGCUGCUUAGGGACCAGAGUAUGACUCAUCCACUGUUCUUGGGUGUGGUGCCGCGUUAGUUGGAGUUACCUUAAUAUCUGUGUAUGUCCACGCGAGAGAACACGACUGCACACAAUUUCUGUGUUUUAAUUAGUAUUUAUGACAUUCUACUCACAUAUAAAUAUUUGGGCAUUAGGACACACAUUUUGUUGUGUGGACUCUACUCAUAAUGGCCUCCCUGUGAUGAGGGCAACUCCCCUGUGGUUGCUAUUUCUCAUGGUGAGAAAUGCUUAUGUAUGGUAAGGGCUGUAGGUGUCUUGGGUGCAGGAUCUACAUUUGCAUGUCUUUGUUCUGGGGUGCAUAGUGUUGCUGUUUGUUAUUUUAUAGGGCUAUAGACUAAUAUAUUGCUUAUGAGACACUGAGGUGUAAGAGCCUGGCGUGUGCCUUUGUGGUCGUCUGUGUGGAUGAGAACCAUGAGGAAAAACAAAUCAGUGAAGUGAUAUGUGUCUAUCAACAAAGCUUACAGACCAUGACAACAGACCAUGACAACAGAUGACCCUGAGCACUAUGUAUUACCUAUCCUGUGCAUAUCUACAGUAUGUCCUGAGUCAAUUCUGUCCCCCCUAUCUCUCUGUGUCUCUCUCUUCAGACUCUGUGAAAGACUCUAAUGGGCGUGUGCUGGUACACUGCCAGGCGGGCAUCUCUCGCUCUGCCACCAUCUGCCUGGCGUACCUGAUGAAGAAGAAGCGUGUUCGGCUGGACGAAGCCUUUGAGUUCGUCAAGCAGCGCCGCAGUAUCAUCUCCCCCAAUUUCAGCUUUAUGGGUCAGCUGCUGCAGUUCGAGUCCCAGGUGCUGGCCACGUCAUGCGCGGUGGAGGCUGCCAGCCCCUCUGCAACCAGCCUGGGCCCCAAGUCUUCCUCCAGCCCUACGUCGCCCUUCAUCUUCAGCUUUCCCGUCUCCGUGGUAGCACAUGGCCAGCCCAGCAGCCUGGCCUACCUGCAGAGUCCAAUCACAACCUCGCCCAGCUGCUGAUGCCCCGCCCCUACAAAGUCUCACUGCCCCAUUCCUCUCACUAUCCAGAGCAAAGAGAGAGAGGUUCUCUUCUCCUACCUGAUAUAAGCUCAAAAGUCCAUUGACAAACAAAAACUGAGGGUGCCUAUCCUGCUGCCUGACACAAAAAACUGUAUAGAAUAUGGCACUCACGCAUACACCUUCAUCACUAUAUGGUGACUAAUAAAUACACUUUUUCGUAAAACAGGCUAAAGAAGAGAUGCAGUUCCUGUGUUUUAGUGUGAAGGUGGACACAGGAAGGACGGGGUGGCAGAAUUCUAAAGUUGAAGUCCAUCUUUUUCAUUUCCUGUGGAGUUUUCCAAAGCCUCUCCGGUCCUGUUGAGAGGGAUGAAUGGCCGUGAGCAGAGAUGCAGAGAAAAUGAAAGAGCAAAGAGGGGAGGGGGGAGAAAGAGAGUGCUCAGUCAUGUAGUGGCUUCCUGAUGGAGCGCAGGAGGCUCUUCAGUUGUGACAGGUGCUCUGCUAGCGUCCUGUCCGGCUUCCUGUCCCUGACAUCCCCAUCCUCUCUCCCACACACCCCCUCCUCUCCUGGAGCUGGACUGCUGAUGAAUGACUGAAUAAAAGAGUCCCCCCUGCGGAGGAGGAGAAGCCGCUGAGAUGGAGAGACUAGCUUUCUGAGACAGUGCCAAAUGAACGUCUGAGCCCCUGCUACAUAGCCCUUGGUGUUCCAUGUAAUAAGCUCGGUCGGAAGGACAGAUUUGCUUUUGAGGGGAAAGGGGGUCUAGUCAUUUUUUUCUGUUUUUUGUUCAGUGCCUUGUUCAGAGAAGGUAUAGGAUAUUUCUUUCCAGCGCUUUUGGAUGUGCCCCUUUUCUUUUCAAACAGACUGAGGCAGAUAAACUGGCAAAUCUCUAAAUGGCAACAACAAACCAUUUCAAGUCAGCACUGCAAUACAGACAAUGUAAUCCUAUCUGUUCCUCUCCCCCAAGUAGAGCAAUAAUGCAUUUCUCUCUCUUCCCAGUUACCACCAAAGUACUACAUUGUGUAGUUCUGAUCAUGUUUUUAGCUUCAUAUGUGUGUAUUCGCUCAUCGAUAAAGACCGGAUCUUUGAGAAGUGCUGUUUGCCUUACCAAUAAUGAUUUUUUUCAAAUUCUCAAGAUAAGAAUGUUGUCAUUUUUCAUUCCUGCAUGGAGGCAUAUUGUUGUCUGUUACAUAGGUACUAUUUCUGUUCAGACCAUGGAUGUUGAUUGGUUUAAUGCUUGUUGGAGGAGGGAGUUAGUUGGGAACAGACCUAUGGCUUGUUUCUUUGUCUUAUCACUGUUACUCCACCAAUGUCUAGUAGAUCCAGUCUAUUUUCUAAACUUGUCCAAAUGCACAAUAACCAACAGGGACAAUUUCCCGGCCACGCACAAACACCCCUAAGAAAACAGACACACUGGAAUAUCCGACAUCACUGGGAAAAAAUAUACAUGAGAUGGGAGAAAAGUGCUAGUGUGUGCCGCCACUGGACUGACUCGUGAAAUGGUUCAUUGUUUUUCUUUUCAUGUCGUUCUCUGAGUGAAAAUAUUGCCUGGAAGCACUGGCACAGGCGAUGAUCAGAGCCAGAGCAAAGGCUUUUGGGAAAACAGGAUUUAACUCCCCUCCUCUUUUUGAAGAAUGUUGGCACCUUUUAUAGAGCACUUUUAAGUGAUGCAAUAUCGUAUUAUAACUUUGAAUUAAUUUGCACAUUAUUAUUACUAUGAGACCAGGUGGUAACUGAUGACACCUAUAAUGUGCUUUUGUUCUUGAACGAGGGUAUGUAUGUAAAUUAUAUGAAGAUGAGAGGCGUUCGCUGGUCCACAAUCAUUGAACAAUGCAAUACUUUCUACCUGUGUCAAGUGAAAUGCUGUUGUCUCAUCAUGGCAAUAUCAGUUGACAUUUAAAAAAACUUUUCCCUAUGUUUUUGUUGAAUUGUAUAUGCUUUAUUUAUUCCUAAAAUUCCAUUGUGAAAUACAACAAUGUUCUUAAAAAAAGGAAAUCUCUCUGUCUUACUUGCAUGAAAUAUCAUACAUGGUAUCUGGGAGGGACUACAGUGCCUUCAGAAAGGAUUCCCACCC